AUGUCGACAUCUCAAACCAUUUUUUCCAUCAUUCGUGACAGUUUUCGUCAAUUGAGUGCAGCGUCACUGCCCCUACUGUCGGAAACGGCACGGCCGGCUCCAGCAGCGAUGAACGCUGCUGUUGAGCAUGCUUUACGCGAUUUGGAAAAGGCCCUUGGAGAAGAUACGAACACACAGGUGAGUCCUGGUUUGUGUGAUUACAUGUUCUUUCCUAUUACUCCUAUUCUCAAAUCAUGGAACCGCGUCCCUAGUCGCGCGUUGGCAAACUCACUUGAGUGUGUUCAGAUUAUCUACGAUCAUGGCUGGAAAUUUCAUGGAAAGCCAGAACUCUACCAACAGUUAUCCAUGUUGCUCGUCAACAUCUGUGAUGGCUGUGUGUCACCAAAAGAAAAAAUUCCACAGGACUCCACUGUUCGAAUUGUUGCGUUGCGGUUGCUGCAUUCGUUAUUGCGAUUUGAAGUGAACUUGUCGGAGAAACGGGACCAUUUGAUGUUUGCGCGUUGUUUGUCCUUUUUGCUUGAUCUGUUGACCAACGAUUCUUUGGAUAACGAUACCACGGGCGCUGUAUUAAAGUGCCUUCAACAGCUUCUCUUUCACUGCCUGCACAAAACGACCGACAUUUCAUACUUUUUACCAGGCAUUAUUUCAUCCCUCACCCGUGCGCUCUCCACAAAAGGAUCCUGCGUCGCUUUCCAUCACAACCUUAUUUCCGCCAUACAUUUGUUUACCGACGUUGUCAUCUCCUGCUUAAGUGAUGAUAUUCAAUAUCAGGACGAGCCAGAAGACGAUGCGCAAUCGAAACCAGAGGUUUCUUCCAGUAUACGGUUACAGCCGCGGACGAAAGAAUGGCGGAAACUCAGCGCUGACCAAGUGUCUUCGGCAAUACAACUUGUUUUGUGCCAUCGUACAUCCCGCAAUCUUUCUGUUCAAGAAACGGUGUUUGAGACCUGCUAUCAGCUUUUUUCUCGUUGCUCCGCGUCGUUGCCAGUGUGCAGAACGGACUUGCUGGAAACAUUGCUUAUCCUCCAAAGUACCUCUACUUGCACGCGCAUUCAAAUGAAUGGUUUUGAUCAACUGUUGAAUCUAAAGGAUGUAGUCGAUGCAAGCGCUCUCGAAAACGGUCAACUUCUUUUGAAAAAUGCCAGUUUUGUUCAGGCACCACUAUCGCUUGACAUUCGCUCUUUACAAUCUUUUUGGCUAUGCGUUUCCGUAAUGGAACGCACGAACGAGCAACAUUUACGUGGUCGCUAUGCUGACUCUUUUUUCGAUACUGCGUCAUGCACACUCAGAAUGGUGAGGAGCACGGAGGGAGAAACCGAGGAACGAAGUGUUCUUACGGUACUUGGUCUCACACUUUCUUUGGAGUAUGUCAGUUGGUAUGCUUUACAAAAGCGGACGGAUUUCCGCCCUCAACUAAUGCAACUUUUGUACCCCCUCCUCUCCCUGCUAGCCAAUGGAAACAACGACAUUAAGGCAUCGGCAGAGGCUUGCGUUCAGACAGUAGCGAUUGCCUGCGACUACAGCUCACCAGGUGAAAUGCUUCAAGAGAAUAUUGAUUACGUGGUAAAUUCUGUCGCCAUGAAACUCAACAUGCUUGACAUUCCGCCAGAGCUACCGUUUGUUCUCCGCUACAUUAUCCAAGAAGAUAAUGGCCAGUGCAUCCCCUUCCUGGGCGACAUCAUUGACUCCAUUUUCGAUAUCCUUGACUCCUACCAUGGUUAUACACAGUUGACGGCCGUACUUCUCGGUGUCCUCUUUUCCGUCAUCCAACAAGCCAGCAGGCCAUUCCAAAGCAAUCAAAACGAAGAUCGUCUGUUGGCAUACGCAGCGGACUCCAAACGCGCUCAUACAGGCACACAGCCGUGUUCAGAGCUGUCGGAUCUGGUCGAGCUUUUACAUAAAAACCCUUCCUACCCCAUCCCAAAACUUGACGAUGCUGUUUCAGAGGAGGACAUCCGUUCGGCCUCUGAGACGCUUCACGAACAGGAGCCGUCCAUUCCGUCUGAAGAACCUUCCGACACAUCGUCGACUGCUCCUGCGCCUGCUGAUGAAGUCGACAAAGGUGAAAACAAAAACGGAACAGUUGCUAUGGUACAACGAAUCGUGGAAAAAGCACAACUGUUUUUGUCACAUCAGUUCGCGCCGAUUCGUCUGGAGAUGCUCAAACUCGUCUGCUCAAGUAUUCCGAUACUGGAGCAGGAAAAAAACACAUACUAUCCCACCAUCAACACCUUUUGGCCCUUGUUAUUGCUACGUUUAGAUGAUGAAGACCCUGUAGUGGUGCUGCACGCCUUGUACGCUAUCCAAACGGUAUGCUUUAGUGCAUCCGACUUUAUGACUUCUCGCAUAGAAAAAGACCUCCUACCGAAACUGUGCAACCUCACACGCCAACACUCCCUUCUCCGUCCACAAGCUGCAUUCGGCGUCCCGCACAAGCUGCAGCUGGCUAUCACUUCCCUGGCUGCAUCGUGUGUGGCAAACCGUCUCUCAUUGAUUGCAUACAUGCAAAUCUUUAAUCUCGCUGCACCGAUGCUGCGACAACUCCUUCCAGCCGAUAGGCAGCACGCGGAGCACGUCUGGACGUGUCUUGCUCGGCGGAACCCAGACGCUGUGUUCUGGGCGCAGACGUUUGCAACAGAUGCCAGCUUUAUCGACCGUUUCACGGCCUCAUCUCCUCCUACUCAGUAUCGCCGUGUGCAGGCGCCGACUACAAAGCAACACAGCGCAGAUUUACUGCAUCUCGAGCACCCUAAGCCCGAAACUUUUGCUGCAACUGAUCGAUCGGCGACAAACGAUGGCGCUUCGGACACUGAGUUUCACAUUCAACUACCGUUCCAGGCGCCCCGAGACCGUCGGCCGUCCAAAAAAGCCAAUCUCAUUCAGAUUCUGUAA